CAGAGAACCAGCAGUAGCAGUUACCUGAUCCUGUUUCUGUCAGCUGAGCUAGACACCAAGCCAACAUGACGUCUGGCACCAUAAAGGGUCUGACCAACCUGCUCACCCUUUUGUUGCUUGCAUCCUUCAUCUCACAUUCAUGGAGCGUGCCAAAAGGCUCAUUUCAACGAAGAAACUGGACUCCGCAGGCGAUGUUGUACUUAAAAGGAACACAGGGUCGUAGGUUCAUCUCUGAGGACCGAAAGGAAGGAGAUGUCUAUGACACGCUGCACUUAGAGACCCGCAGUCAAAACACAGAGAAGUUGAGUGUUGGCCAGGCGGCCACAGUGCUGCUGAAGAUCCUGCAGCAAGCCAGAGAGGGAGAUGAAGCUCCAGAUGAGGUGUAUUUCCCAGUGUGGAAGAGAGAAUACUUCUGACAUCAACAAUAAUCAUCAUAUUUCAUUAUUUUUGUAUUUGUGUUUGGUGCAACACUGUCAAAAAGCUGCAUUGUAAAUAUGCAUUAUCUCACUGUGUUUAAAAUGAUAUUUUAAUAAACACUUGGGGAUUAUUGCACUUUAGGUCUGAGGUUGACUUAAAUGUUU